AUGGGUCACCUGGACAGCAGUAAGGAGCGGUUCAACAACAGGCUGAGUAGGUACCGGAUGACAGUUGAAUGUGCCUCUGGCAGAUUAAAGGUGCACUUGCGAUGCCUUUAUGGCAGGUUAGAUCUUAAUGAGGAUAAUAUUCCCAUCAUCAUAGCCGUGUGCUGUACGUUGUAUAAUCUCUGUGAAGCUAAGGAUAAAAGAUGUGCCCUUGAGAACACAUUCCUUCACACCGGCGGAGUGCCUCCAUCAGUUGUGGCCCAUGAAGAUGUUGGCAUACUGGGGAGCCAUCCUAGGACCCAUGGCUAUUCCCAUGAUUUGGACAAAGCGUUUGUUACUGAAUGUAAAAUUGUUAUGGGUGAAGAUGAAAUGGAUGAGUUUGGCAAUGUGUUUGGGGUGGAUUACCGGAGUGGGUCUGAACCCUGCGUCGAAAUAUUCGAGCAACCCAGGCAGAGAGGCAUGCGUUUCAGGUACAAAUGCGAAGGACGAUCAGCAGGCAGCAUUCCAGGCGAACGUAGUACCGACAGCAAUAAGACAUAUCCCUCUGUAGAGAUUCUGAACUUUGAUGAUAAGGUGAAAGUAAGGAUUACAUUAGUGACAAAGAAUGAGCCCUACAAGCCGCACCCUCAUGACCUGGUUGGAAAAGACUGUAGGGAUGGCUACUAUGAAGCAGAAUUUGGACGAGAUCGCAGAGUCCUAUCUUUUCAGAAUUUGGGCAUUCAGUGUGUUAAAAAGAGAGACCUGAAAGAAUCAAUCUGUUCACGAAUCGCAAGAAAGAUUAAUCCAUUCAGUGUGCCCGAAGAACAGCUGCUCAAUGUUGAUGAGUAUGACCUCAAUGUCGUGAGACUCUGCUUUCAGGUGUUCCUCCCUGAUGAACAUGGCAAUUGCACGAUACCACUUCCUCCCGUCAUCUCCAACCCUAUUUAUGAUAACAGAGCUCCUAACACAGCAGAGUUGAGAAUCUGUCGUGUGAACAAGAACUGUGGAAGUGUAAAAGGAGGAGAUGAAAUAUUUCUACUGUGUGACAAGGUUCAAAAAGAUGAUAUAGAAGUCAGAUUUGUCUUGAAUGAAUGGGAAGCCAAAGGUAGUUUCUCACAAGCUGAUGUACAUCGCCAAGUCGCUAUUGUAUUCAAAACUCCACCAUUUUACAAAGACAUCACUGAACCAGUUAUGGUGAAGAUGCAGCUGCGAAGACCCUCUGACCAGGAAGUCAGUGAGUCGAUGGAUUUCAGAUAUCUACCAGAUGAAAAAGAUCCUUAUGGUAAUAAAGUGAAAAGGCAAAGGCAAACAUCAACAUUGGCUUUGCAAAAGCUCAUGCAGGAAUACGGUUCCAAUGUGUCCGAGAGGCCCAAAGCAGCUCCAUUCCGGUCUAUCCCUGGUGAAGGGAGGAUAAUUAAGAAAGAACCAAAUAUGUUUUCUCAAACUGCGAUUAUGCCGCUGCAGAGAACUCCUGUAAGCACCAGUCAAAUUCCAUCUUACUAUUCCCCACCCACAUGCAAUUCAAAUCCAAUCCCACAUCAGCCUACAAAUGUGCAGGCCGUGGGACCGGUUAAGCAUGAUGAAGCUCUUUCUUCAUGUUGGCAUUCCCCAUGCUCCUCUUCUUCAUCAGGCAACACAGUUAAUACACACCCACAGACCAGUUUUGUGAUGGAUGCACUUCACCCUAACCCACAGAGUAGCAGUUCUCUCUCAGCUCUUCAUGAAAAUGUUCUGAACUGGACUGAUCAGAAGGAUAUAAACUACUAUAGAGAUUUCACCAGCACAAAUGGUAUAGGAGCAUCAGCAAUGUCACAGCAAGACAUGCAGAAUGUCUCUGAUAGCAGCAUCAUGCAUCAGGCUCACACCAUAAACGUCACAGCACCCAGCAUUGUUAACAUGGAGACUGAUGAAAUGGGAUGCAUGAGCAUGAACGUAGAAAAGACAUCGUUUAAUCAAGUUUUAAAUCCAAGUGAUCACAGGAGGCAAAUCCAUCAGGUGCCUUCUACCAGUACAUCUCUAGCAGCUUCUUGUAGCUCAUCCUUUAGUUCACAGUCCAACGCAUUUCAUUCAGCUGCUUACAGUUUCCUAGACCCUCAAGUUAUGAACGAAUCACCCAGCAAUCUUAUUCAGAAUAAUCAAAAUAGUGCUUCCAAUAGCCAGUACUAUACAGAUGGGACCCAAGGUGAAGAAGAGCUUUUGAGCGCCUUUGGAGUCACUUUAGAGGCUCUAUUGCAGAACUUCAACCACUGA